UCCUCCUCGUCCUCCUCCCUCCUCCCUCCUCCUCCCUCCUCCUCCCUCCCCCUCCUCCUCCUCUUCCUCCUCCUCCUCCUUCUCCUCCUUUUCGUCCUCCUUCUCCUCCCCCCAGGAUGGGGGUGUGGGGGGAAGAGCUUCGCGCGGACCUCCGAAAGCUCAUGCUCGUUCCGAUUCUUGGCCUUCUGAGCAUGGACUCCCCGAUCGUCGAGGUGGGCGACAUCUACCAGGUCUUCCGGACGCGGGAGCAAACCGCGGACACGGAGGUCACGCUCAGGGCCCCGCGGUGGCUUCGCGACACCGGCCUGCUGGGGGCGCUGCCUUUCAGCUCGGGCAGCCCAGACACCGUGCUGACCCUGAGGCAAAACUUCCGGGUCGCCGCCGAGGGCGUCCUGAGGUUCGCGUUCCGGGACGGCCAGGUGGAGAGCCGGCUCUUCGACCAGCUCGGGGCGCUGCACCUCCCGCUCGCCCCCCUCGGCCUCGCGGCGGACGCGGCCGAGGACGGCCCCCUGACGGACACGCUGGCCACGACCUACUGCGACGGGGACCUCCGCCUCGGCGUCGGCGGCCGCUUCGGCGAGUUCCGCGUCUUCCAGCGCGCCUGAGCUGCCACUUCGCCCCGCCGGCCGCCCCGCCUUGCCUCCCCCUCCUUGAUCGAUGCUGCUCCUCUCAAAGAAGCAAGGCGGCGGCGCAGCCGUGCUGUUUUUCGGAGUUCCGCGCGGAGCUCCGAGCGUUUCUGUGCAUGCCGUCUUUGCCUCUCUCUCCCCCCCUCUUCCGUCUCCCGUCUUCCUGUCGCGGCGUUCGUUCGCUCCGCCUGCCUCCGUGGUCGUCGCUGUCGUGCCGUCUGUCGUCGUCGCCGUCGCCGUGCGCCUUCGUCGCCUCCGUCGUCGGUGGCCGCCCUCUUCCUUGCCU